UUUACGAGACGUGUUCUACUUUAUCGUGGGGAAGAUGGCCGUAGAGAAAGCGAAUGAAGCGAAAACAGCGUCGAUGGAGGAAAACAAGGAGAACACGAUAGACGAGGGCCUUGCUCUGGAAAUCCUCCAGAUAAUCAAAGAUUCCCAGCAACAGCAUGGACUCAGGCAUGGAGACUACCAGCGCUACAGGGGCUAUUGCUCCCGAAGACUGCGUCGUCUGCGCAAAACGUUGGGCUUCAGAAUGGGCAACCGGCACAAGUUCACUGGGAAAAAAGUGACCGUGGAGAUCCUGUCUGACAGUCGGUAUCUGUUGCUGGUUGUGAUGGAAGCCGAGCGGGCGUGGAGUUACGCCAUGCAGCUGAAGCAGGAGUCCAACACCGAGCCGCGGAAACGCUUCCACCUCAUGGCGCGUCUCCGUAAGGCAGCCAAGCACGGAGAGAAGCUGGAGAAGCUGUGCGAGAGCCAGCGCGUCGACGCCAAGACCAAACUGGAGGCCCAGGCGUACUCUGCCUACCUGACCGGCAUGGUCCAGUUUGAAAUGCAGGAGUGGAAAUCUGCAAUGGAGGCCUUCAAUAAGUGCAAGACUAUCUACAUGAAGCUAGCGAGUGCGUUCACUGAGGAGCAGGCUGUUCUGUACCACCAGAGAGUAGAGGAGAUUUCACCCAACAUCCGCUACUGUGCAUACAACAUCGGUGACCAGAACGCUAUAAAUGACCUCAUGCAGAUGAGGCUCAGUGCUGGAGGAGGCGGAGGCAUGAUGGCUGAGAAGCUCGAGGCUCUGAUCACUCAGACGCGAGCGAAGCAGGCCGCCAAGAUGAGCGAGGUGGAGUGGAGGGGUCGCACUGUUCCCGUUAAAAAUGAUAAAGCCCGGAUCUUUCUCCUGGGGCUGGCUGACAACGAGGCUGCCAUCGCACAGGCAGCCAAUGACGAGACGAAAGAGCGCCUGUAUGAGACUCUGUUGGCUGAGUGCAGAGACACCAUCCAGGCUGUGCGAGAAGAACUGCGCAGUGAUGUGAAGCAGAGAGAGCGAGCUGCAGACAGUGCAGAGAGUGGAAAAGUCUCCAACCUUCAGUUCCUGCACAGCUACCUAACCUACAUAAAGCUGUGGACUGUGGUGAAGAGGAAUGAGAGCAUGGCUCAGGCACUGCAGGCCAAACUGAAGGAGCCACAGACUGACGAGAAUAAGAGAGGACCGCGACCACAAGACCUGAUCCGGCUUUACGAGAUCAUUUUGCAGAGCCUGGCAGAGCUGUCCACCCUGCAGGGUUUGGAGGAGGAUCAUGCCUUCCAGAAAGAGGUGGCCCUUAAGACACUGGUCUACAAGGCUUACAGGUGCUUCUUCAUCGCCCAGUCAUAUGUAGUGGUAAAGAAGUGGAGCGAGGCAUUGGUUCUGUAUGAAAGAGUGCUGAAAUAUGCCAGAGAGGUCCAAUCCAAGGCCAAAAACCUCAAUAACAGCCUCAAGGAUCUUCCGGAUGUUCAAGAACUCAUAGCCGAAGUCAACUCUGAGAAAUACUCCCUUCAGGCAGCGGCCAUUUUGGAUAAAGAGGAUGUGACUGAAGCUCCUGCUCAGCAACAGGUCAAAGAUAACACGCCUCUCUCUGAGCGUUUGGACACCUUCCAUCUUGACCCAUCCCUCCUCGGCAAGCAGCCCAAUCUCGUCUCGUUUCCGCCGGACUUCCAGCCAAUCCCGUGCAAGCCUCUGUUCUUCGACCUGGCCCUCAACCACGUGGCCUUCCCACCGCUGGACGAUAAGGUGGAGCAGAAGGGCAAGGGCGGCCUCACCGGCUACAUCAAGGGCAUCUUCGGAUUCGGCAGCUAAAUCGAGGCUCCGUUCGGCUUCGACCCCGAGAGCUGGAGGGAGUCAGAACUCGAUCUGGACUUGCUCGCUUUAUAAAUCCCUUCCCUGUCUGUCCGUCAUAUUCUUCAGAAAAUCAGUCGUCAGUGUCCUUCGCUCCGUGACCUCAGGGGUCAUAGGUGUGCACAGUGUAGGGUUUACCUGAUUCAACAAAGCCCUAAUCCACUCGGCGAACACAAUGGGUUGUAUUGGGCGUUGAACAAGGAAAGUACUUUUGUGUGCCGAAACGUGGCUGUAUAGGUUCGGGAGAGAAGAACACACGUGUGUGUGUGUGUGUGUGUGUGUGUGUGUGUGUGUGUAGUAGUAUUGAUAUUGAAUUCAUAUUCACGGUGGGUUCUACCACAUCGUCUAGAUCUAUUUUAUUUAUGCAAGAAGGGCGUGUAGGGUACAGGGAUGGGGGGCAAUUUCGGAUUAUUCCAAGCUCAAGGGUCCAUGUCUUUUUUUUCUUCAUUUAGUGUAAAAAAAAAAAAAAAAAAUUCUUUAGUAUCCUUUAAAUCAUUUUGUUUCGUUUUAAACUAAGCUGACCAGGUGUAAUACACCAGCAAGCCAUUGUUUCACAGCUGCAGAGAAAUGUACACGACAUAGCAAACCAGGAAGAGGCUGUUGCAACUGACAUAACCGGCGUGUUAAUCAUCCAGCAAAAUAUGGAAAGAACUCCCACUCCUGUUCCGCCGACACGGAGCCAGUGCUGGUUCACGGCAUUAAAAAAAAACAAAAAAAACAUCCAACCAUUUUUUUAAAUUAUUUUUUUAUUUUUUUUACCAUCCAAAUCAUUAAGUGUUGAAGUACAGCAUGAAGAUCGCACCAUGGACAACAAUUAUGCAGCAGAUCAUUGCUAGGGAUGCAUCAAUACCGCCCCUAACCCCGCCCCCCCCCACCCCCCCACCCCCCAGAUCGAGUGCUAGUACAUGAUUUUGUCAUACUCAUCAAUACAAAGACCAAAAUAUAAAUAAAGACCUGCUUAGUAUUAAGCAAUCAGGGGCAUCAUUAUAUUUAACUCUGUUUAUGUAAUUUGCUGCUGUGGGCUUCUAUCUAUGAGCUCCUCGUGCUCAGCUUUAACACUAUCUUUUUAAUAGAGAAUAUUAUUUUAAGCACCAUCGAGAUUUAUUUUAUUUUAUUUUUUUAUAAAUCGGGUCGCUUGUAUCAUAGGAAGAUGAAUUUUUAUAUAUUGCCGUCAUUAAUUGUGAAAGAAGUCCAGAUGGGCGUCAUUUUCACGUCCUCUGUUCGUUAGUACGGCGACGUGCACUACGUUACGUGGCGUUUUUAUUUGAUUUCUGAGUAUAAUACCAGUAUCGGUAUCGGUGCAUCCCUAAUCACUGCAUGUGCACUGCAUUUUGCCUACACAGACCAUCGAUUCAUGGUUGCAGUAUGAAUUUUGCUGUAUUUUACACAAUCAUUGCGCACAAUUGUUUUACUUCAUCAUUUAUUUAUUUUUAUUUUUUUCUUCCCAAAGUAACUCGCAUUUUAAUGCUAGAGCUGAACUGAUUUGGUACCAGUUUCUUAUCCAGUAGAAGAGCACUGAAUGAUGCCAGUUUAAACACCGGCAUCGGUAACCGUGACUGUGGCGAUAAAAAUGACCACACGUCAAUGUGGAAUGGAGUGGUUUUUUAAACACCCCCCCCCCCCCAAAAAAAAAAACAAACCACACACACUAAGUUUACGGGGUCUCUCUCAGCGUGUCUGUAGACAAGUGCUGCUGUUGCUCGUAUCGACUCGUACCAAAGCAAAUCUCCGCUCUCGUCACUCACUCGACAGCAUCUCUACCGUCUCAUCUACUAUUUCUAUUUCCUUAGGUCCGUGAUCUUUCUGGCUUACUCGUUGUACCCUGACUUAUUUGCUUAUUUUUUUUUUUCUUCUUUUUAAACGUUUUAUGAGCGAAAUGAUGGCAAUUCGUAGGAGGACGGAGCUGAACCGCACACGUUUUCACGUUUUAAAACGGUCUGCGAGAUAACACCUGAAAUGAAAGUGCUCCUAAUAAAAAGAAUAAACCAUAAGUGAAGAA